UCACGCAGUUUUGAAAAAAAAUAUUUGUAUAGCGUCAAAUGAAUUUAUUUCUACAAUUUUGAAUAUUGGUGAAUUAAAGAUUAUGUGAAUACAUUUAUGUUGUAAAGAUAAUAUUCAAUCUAUUAUAGAAUGUGUGGAGAUUGUUUUCACUGGAAAAUGCAACAAUAUUUUGGCAUUCGUCGCAAGUUAUCUUUGAAAUCUCUGAUUUUGUCGGUUUUGUGGAUUAAUGUAUAUAGUUGGUCAUGGUUUGAAGCGAAAGAUCUGUGUCAGUCGAAUGGAACAAUUAUUAAAACAAGAUCUAACUCAGAUAACUAUUGGACCAAAUACUAUCGACGUCGCUCUCACUGGAUUUCCAAAUUAGGAUGCUCCUCUAACGAUAUGUUGAGCAGUUAUAAAACCUAUGAUGUGCCUUCUGAUCUAAUAACGGCAGGACUUUGCCAAGAACUUUGCAUGGAACACUUUGGAUCAAAUAGAAUAUUUUUAUUCGCAUAUGGGGAAAAGAAAUGUAUCUGUCUAAGAGACAAACUUAUGGAUCUACACCUCCAUUUUGACAAUUGCAAAUCUGACUGUAUUGGAGACUUUGAAUUAACACCAGACUGUGGGGAUAAGGUCCUCGUUCUUUUAUCGAAACCAAUCACUAAGCAGUCAGAUGCUUUAUCAAACUCCACUUGCAUCGCUAUGAGUUGUGAUACUGAGCAAACCAAAGAUGAUCUAAUUGGGCACAAAGAUUGUAAGACAGUUUGCAGUGAAUCAGAAAACAGACCACAAAAGAAUCAAAAUCCAAAGUAUUGCACUGAAACAAGAAUCAUGGCUUAUCUUGAAUCAGUAUUAAACAAAAGUUGUGAUGCUGCAAACUUUGAGAGUUCGAGAAAAACAUGGUUUAUUUUAAAAAGACAGGUGUAUCAGAGUUAUGAUCGAGAAGACGUAAAUCUAACAGAGUUUGAAAAAAAGAAUUUUUUUAUUGAUUGCCAACGAUGUGGGAUCGAUUCAUGUCCAAAUAUUGACUGCAACAACAAGAAAGGUGAUAUUGUGUGUAGAAAUGGGCUGACAAAAGCUGAUUUGCAUUCUAUGCCAACUCCAUCGACGCAAACCACGGUUUGGAGUCAACAAGCUCGGAAAGAGAGAAACACUGUGAAUCACACGUGGGUUACAGACGAUGUGUCAACGACUGUGAUGACGAAACAAACGUUUUUAAUGACGUCAAAUGCAAUUGACUAUAGAGAAAAUAUAAGCACACUGAAAACUACAUCUAUAAAUCAAAUCAAUCGACAAAGAAACGAAGAUGAAACUGAGAUAAACGUUGGAAUAGUAGCUGUGUCCUUCCUUGUUUGUGCAUUGAUAUUAGCAGGAGCAUUCUGUUUUGUCAGAAUAAGGAAGAAAUUCCUACUGAAAAGAGAACGUCCAAGCACAUCCAUAUUGACUGAAUUUUCAUCGGAAAAAAUUAAACAAACCCAAUCUCAUGAAAAUGAUAAAAAUCAGGGAAUUAAUAAAAUGUCUGUUGGAAAUUCGCCAAAGGAGUGUCUGUACGAUUUCGCAGACAACAGUAAAUUAGAAGAGGAAACUCAUUAUAAUCAAGAAAACGAGGUACUGUAUCAUCAUCUCAGAGAAAGCGUUCCGACAAAUAAUGUGAAUGACAAUACAUAUAUGGUAGCUGGAUACAAGACAUCGGACGAAGACAACGUGUACUUUGGAAGGGUGGAGGAUCCAUACGAUCAUCUUAGAGGGGCGGAUCGUACAAGACAGGAAGACAAUACCUACGACCAUGCACCGAUUGUAGGCGAGUCUGACUAUUCCAGCUUUAACAUUGAUGUGGGUAGGAAUACAAGUCAAUCACAUGUUGAAGAAAGCAUAUAUGACCAUUUUGAGGGCUGAUAAUGAUAAUUGACAGUUUUAAAUUUCGGCUAUGAACAAUUGUCCAUUUUAAACUCUUUUAAGACGCAAUAUUGUUAUAUAGACGUCGAUAUCAUCAACCAGCAGAGAUUCACUUUCCUUAGACCCACUAGCACAAUACAUGUACAGAUUAAUUUAGUUCUCCAAUACUAGACGAUACAACGAUAUUUUUGAAAACUUAUAUUUACGAUUCUGAAUGAGGAAUGAUUUAAUACACCGGAUACACCAACAAUAAUGAAGGGUACACGGACAAACAAUACAAAGAAACAGAAAAUAUUCUGUUCACUAAUAUUGUUUUCACUCAUUUGUACUUUGAUGAUUGGUUUGCGUUUAAAAUGUUACAUGUUUAAAUUGAAUGUCUAAAAGUGUUAGCUAUAAUAUUUUUAUUUUUUUUUUGCUGUGGAAAUAAGCAACAAAGCUUUUAUUAUGAAUAAACGAAUGCUAAAACAAUGUAGAAAAAGACAAAGACAUUAAGGCUUUUUCAGUUUGAAAGAAUAUACAAAAAUAUUCAAAAAUAUGUUAUUAUUUGUAUACUAGUAGUUGUUACAUAUUAAAAUUAUUACAUUUUAAUGACGAUGAACAAUUAAGCAUAAUCUACAUCUAUAUUUUUAUAAAAACUACACAUUAACAUAGGAUCGGUAAUAGAAAUGGAAUAAUUAAAACAUAAAUCUUUGCUUUUAGUGUCAUCUGUUUCCAACGUUUUUCUUUGGUUUCUUUUUAUCAUUAUUUUAUCUUUUUAUUUUUUUUCUGACUCCUUCUCAGCUUGAUAUCUCAGAAAGUUUUCAUUCGAUUUCAAUGAAAUUACCUUGCCUCAACGAUGUUUAAGUUUCAGCAUUUAAGUCACUUCCGUUCAAUUUGGCUGCCAUUUUUAAUUUUUAAAAUAGUGAUUUUGUCCGGAGAAAAUCUCCAUAAACUUUAAAGUUAUCACUUUGAAAUUUUUCUGAUGAAAGAUGUAUCAAUUCUAUGCUGUACUGGUGGUUGAAGAUUUUAUUCAUCAAUUUUGCUCAAAACCGGAAAUAGUUCCAAUUUUUGGAAUUUUAAUUUUUUUUAACAAAAUGAGUUAAUUCUACAGUAUUAUAGCAUUUGCCAUUGUGAGUUCAAAUCUGAAAUUUGUUUUAAAAUCGGACGAUGCAUUGUAGAGAUGUUAAGGAUUAAAAACCGAUUUGUCAUGAAAUUUUGAUUCUGCGUUCUAGGUUUGAAAAAUAGCGUAAAAUUCAAAGUGAAAUUGACUCGUACCAAAGAUAAUUCUAUUUUUGUUAAGUCUUACUUUCAAAAAUUAAAAUGAUUACAUGUUCGGACUUCUUUUUGUUACGUCGAUCUUGAAAUCGUAAGGGUUUUUGCUCAUUCGUUCUCAGAAUCAUUCGGAUUUUUUUACAUCGUGCCAAGAAUUUUUCAAUUUUUUAAUUACCCUUCUUUUUGGUUUAAGAACUUUGCUUCUGACAGGAACAUCUAACAUUACUCUCGACAUUUACGAACUUUGCUCUAGUUCUUAUUAUUAUCCGUCAUAUCGAGAGAAUGGUGAUAUUUUUUAUCUCAACCAAAAUCACAUUUUUUUCUAACUUUAGAAUAAGUAGUAACUUUAGAAUAGAAUAAGUCAAGUGUGAUAUGCGUUUUUUUCAUUCAACUUUUUAUAUAUUUUUUUUAUCUAAACAAUAUUUUAUUCAACAUAAUACAUGUAUUUUGAAUGGAAUUAGGUAGCAGGUAAUUCUAUUUUAGCUCUUUCUUUACAUCAUGAU